AUGAACCUGCUCAAGGACAUGCCCAAGGACUCUGGCCACUACAUUGCUUCUGGAAUCAGCAAAGUGCUCGCCGUCCUCCGCAAUCCUAUGGAUCCAGCUGUCGUCAUGUACGAGGGCUUCAACGGAUUCGCGGAGCUCACAAGCCAAGAGGGCAUCUUUCAUUUCUGGAUCGGGAUGCAGCCGUUUGUUGUGCUACACGCCGCCCACACUAUAGAGAGUCCUCGAAUACGAAGAAACGCACUUGCAAGGAAAUGUGUAUUUACUAUUUUCGUUUAUUGUUUUCGUCUCUUUUUCAUAAAGCCCCUAUUGACGAGCACCGUGAACAUCUCCAAGACCGGGCAUUACCAAUUUCUCGGCCCGGUACUCGGCGAAGGAUUGUUGACCAGCACAGGGAACAAGUGGCGGUCACGAAGGAAGCUUUUGACACCGGCAUUCCAUUUUCGCGUCCUCGACAGUUGCGUAGGCAUAUUCAACGAGCAGACCCGGGUACUGGUGCAGAAGAUCAGGGACUCGUCGCACUUGGACUUCGUCGACCUGUUUCCCAUGAUGACACACUUUACCCUCGACGUGCUGUGCGAGUCAUCCAUGGGAAUACAGCUGGCUUUGCGAAAUAUGCUUUCCUGGAUUUCUUUGUUUGAUCAAUAUCUCUUCCUUUAUCUUUCUGCAACAAAGGUUAUUAGAAAACGAAAAGAGAUACUCAGACAAGAAAAAAACGGGGACAAGAAAGACCAGACUUCCAAAUUUUCGAAAGCGUUCCUAGAUGUUCUUCUAAGGCAUCACUUGCAAGACUCUACCCUUUCCGAAGACGACAUUAUGGAAGAAGUGAACACGUUCUUGUUCGCGGGCCAUGAAACGACAGCCGUCGGACUGACAUAUCUGCUGUACAUUUUAGGACUCCACCAAGACGUCCAAGAUAAGGUUGUCGACGAAAUCAAUUCGAUAUUUCAAGGAAACUUGGAAUGUGACGUGACAAGAGAAGACGCUUCACUUAUGAAAUACCUCGAAUGCGUUAUCAAGGAGUCUCAAAGAAUAUUCACCAUACUUCCAAUCUACGGCCGGAAAAUAGAAGAGGACUUCCAAGUGGGAAAGUAUGUUGUACCAAGGGGAAGCACAUGCGUCAUUCUUGGCCAAAUAUUGCACAAGGACCCGAGGUACUUUCCAGAUCCGAACGUAUUUGACCCAGAUAGGUUCCUGCCGGAGAACUCCAAGGGCAGGCAUCCGUACGCCUUUCUGCCUUUCUCCGCCGGUCCAAGAAAUUGUGUUGGACAGAAGUUUGCCAUGACAGAAGAGAAAGUCGUAGUGGCGACAGUGCUCAGACACUUCUGCAUUACCUCGCUCGACCACCGGGACCAGCUCAUACUUGCUCCACAGCCAAUUCUUCACCCACGAUCGGUGUUCGGAGGCAUCAGGGUCAAGUUCACACCGAGGCGAACACUCCAACUUCACAAUGCUUGA